CUUGGUAGGAAAGUCUCAAUACUUGGGUUACAAUAAGACCUGUAAGUUGGCUGAUGGUACUGAAUUAACCCUUCCUGUAGCUGAGGUGUAUAUAUGCUCUCCAUUUUUCACAGGAAAGGCCGAAGUAUGGUUGAUGGAGAAUCCUGUGUAUGAUGUGUUGAUAGGAAACGUACAAGGGGCAAAGGAGCCAGACAUACCAGAUGUGGUUGCAGCAGUACAGACACGAGCUCAGAUUCGGGAACAACAGCAGGGUACAAAACCUCUGAAGGUUCCACCUCUUCUAAAGGAAGUCGCUUCGAGAACGGACAUGAUCCAAGCACAGAUGGAUGACCAGUCAUUAAAAAACCUUCAUGAUCUUGCCCGACAGGGAAAGAUAAAGGAAACUCCUAAUGGGAAUGUUUCUUGUUUUACAUACCGGAAAGGUCUGCUGUAUCGGAAGAUAGAGAAACUAGGGGAAAUAACCCAUCAGGUGGUGGUGCCUAGUCCAUUCAGAGAAGCUGUCCUACAACUAGCACACGACGGCAUCAUGGCGGGGCACAUGGGAAUCAAAAGGACUACUGAGAGAGUCAUGUCGGGAUUCUUUUGGCCUGGAUGUAAAAUAGAUGUAUCUAGAUACUGUAAAUCGUGUGACAUAUGCCAACGAACCAUACAGAAAGGACGUGUUAACAAAGCACCGCUUGGAGAAAUGCCAAUCAUAGGGCAAGCUUUUGAAAGGGUAGCAGUAGAUUUAAUUGGACCUCUGAUUCCUGCUUCAGAUAGAGGACACAGGUACAUAUUAACUCUUGUAGACUUUGCAACCAGAUAUCCAGAGGCUGUACCUUUAAAGAAAAUUGACACAGAAAGCGUGGCGGAUGCAUUGCUUGACAUAUUUAGCCGUGUUGGGGUCCCCAGAGAAAUCCUCAGUGAUCGAGGCGGACAAUUUACCUCGGAAAUGAUGGCUGAAGUUAGUAGGUUGCUUUCCAUGAAGCAGCUAGUUACUACGCCUUAUCACCCAGCAUGCAACGGCUUAGUCGAGAGAUAUAAUGGCACACUGAAGUCAAUGUUGAAGAGGAUGUGCACGGAACGUCCAAAAGAUUGGGACCGUUAUGUAAGUCCACUUCUUUUUGCGUAUCGCGAGGUACCGCAGGAGUCAUUAGGGUUUGCGCCAUUUGAACUCCUUUUUGGCCGGACAAUACGAGGACCUAUGGAAAUCUUAAGAGAACUCUGGACCAAGGAUGUUGAUAACUCGGAAACCAAAACCACUUAUCAAUACGUGCUUGACCUGAAAGAAAAGCUAGAAGAAACGUGCCAGCUAGCGCGAGAAAAUCUUACGCGAGCAAGGAGAGUACAGAAGAAACAGUACGACAGAAAUGCCAGGAGGAAAGACCUCGGAGAAGGCGACAAGGUACUAGUUCUACUACCUACAAAAAGUAACAAACUCGAACUGCAAUGGAAGGGACCUUUUCAAGUUGUCAAGGCAACCAAUUUGGACUACAAAAUUGACAUGGGUAAUAAAAUCAAAACUUUUCAUGCAAACAUGCUUCAGAAGUAUGUGGAGAGAGAGACAGCUCAGACUACAUAUAGCAGACAGCAGGAAAAAGGAAUUUUAGCUUCGGUGUCAUUGUCUGUUGUUGAGGAAACGUCUGAGGAGGUUUACCCUAUUCCAAUGCCAGGAAUAGAGUCAUCAGAGUCGGUAGAGGAUUGUCAUGUGUCAGAGACGCUUGAGGAUACAGCUCAACAACAAAUGAGGUCAUUACUACAGGAAUUUAGUGAUGUUAUGACGGAUCUUCCUGGCUGUACACCAUUAACGAAACAUGACAUUCGGACAACUACAGAUCAGCCUGUAAGGGUGAAACCCUACCCGGUGCCAUAUCAGGUGACCGAGACAAUUAAAAGGGAGCUUCAUAAAAUGUUGGAAAUGGACAUUAUAGAGAAAUCAGAUUCUGACUACAGCUCACCUGUCGUUCUGGUACGGAAAAAGGAUGGAACGUGUCGGUUCUGUGUGGACUACCGUCAAUUGAACAAGAUAACCAUCUUUGACGCGGAACCAAUGCCAUCGACAGAGGACUUGUUUGUAAAGUUGGCCAGAUGCAAGUACCUAAGCAAGAUAGACUUAAGCAAGGGAUAUUGGCAGGUGCCUAUGACGGAUCAGGCAAAACGACGUAGUGCAUUUACAACACCCAUGGGUCUUUAUCAGUUUAAGGUGAUGAGUUUUGGGUUAGUCAACGCACCUGCAACUUUUAGUCGGCUAAUGAGGAAGGUGUUGGAAGGAAUGAAUGACUUGGAUAAUUUCCUGGAUGAUAUACUGGUGUUCACAGUCACAUGGGAGGAACACCUCGAAAGCCUACACAGCCUACUCCAACGCUUGCGGGACUCAAAACUCACAGCAAGGCCAACGAAAUGUUUCUUUGGUUACGAGGAGCUGGAAUGCUUAGGACACAUGGUGGGACAAGGUACACUACGACCUGUGGCAGAAAAACUUGAUUCCAUUCAGCGAGCACCUGUACCCUCGACAAAACGGCAAGUGAGAUCAUUUAUCGGACUAGCCAGCUACUACCGCAAAUUUAUUCCAAAUUUUGCAGCUAUUGCCGUCCCCCUUACAGAUCUUACCAAAAAGGGAAUGCCCAACAAAGUGAUAUGGGAGGUUGCACAAGAGGAAGCGUUCAACACUCUCAAAGAACUGCUUAUGUCGGAACCAGUAUUACGUCUGCCUGAUCUUGACAAGGAGUUUACACUUAGAACAGAUGCAUCAGAUCUGGGUCUAGGGGCAAUACUACUCCAAGAAUGUGAUGGAAAAUUUCACCCGAUUGCUUAUGCCAGCAGAAAACUGUUACCUAGGGAACGCAGAUAUGCGGUCAUGGAGAAGGAGUGUCUGGCCUUGGUAUGGGGUGUUAUGAAAUUCCAGCGAUACUUGCUUGGCAAGGAAUUUUGUGUAGAGACAGACCACCAACCAUUGACUUGCCUCAGCAAAAGCAAGGUAGCGAAUGCAAGGAUCAUGAGGUGGGCCAUGCUCCUGCAACCAUUUAGGAUGAGGAUUAAGGCAAUCCCAGGCAGAGACAAUGUCGGUGCAGACUUUCUGAGUCGGGCUAUGAACGAAUAGUGUAGUUGCCAUUAUACAGUGUAGUUGCCAUUAUACAGUAUGUUGCCAUUAUACAGUAUAGGUGGAAGUAGACAGUGACUUACCAUUUUAGAUGGACAUUUUUUAUAUGGUAUGUCAAGAUGGGGGUUAAGAUGCUUUGUUUGUAUAUAUAGAAGUAGUGGAUGCUACUUAUUCACAGCAUUGAUCAUAAGGUACACACAUACUCUAGAAAGGGGGAAGUGUCAAGAUAUGACAUGUGGGUAGUUACCCUUUUAAUCAGAUAUAGAUUGAACUACGAUUUUACCGUAAAUAUAAAUAGUGUUACUUUACGUGAUUUGAAUUUACCCGCCUAAAAUCCAGACCGUGGUUUAGAAUGUAUAUACCUGUUGCCACGGGGUUCACUUGUAUAAAACCGGGUGGGAGGUUUUAGCCAAUCAGAAUUAAGAUAGGCCGAUCUCCGGGCAGAGGAGAAAAACACGAUCCACCUGGGCGGCACGUUGCUGAAAGCAGCAACAAGAGUAUGGAGAUAUUUCAUUGUUUCACUAGUAUUUGACCAUGGAAAUGCUCCGUGGAGGCAGAGUGAUGGGGUGAACGUGAGGAUGGGGACCUGACCAGGACAGCGGGGCAUGACUUAGGCCAGUAUCAGCUUUAGGCAUCUUCAUGGGCGAACGACCUGUAUACUGUGGCAGUUUGAGUGUACGUCGUACAGCUGACCACACGGACCAUCCCUCUACGGCUCAUAUAUCUAUGCGGCACUCCAACGUAGGCGGCGAUACACCUGGGGUUCACGCACCGAGACUCUCUCAUCUUGCUGGAAUGCGGUAACCAAUACAGUGGCUUCCAAUAUGUGAUGUUCUGAACUGAACUGUGUAAUUGAACUGUGUACUGGAACUAAUUUCAACCAUU